CUGGACGUCCUCGCUCAUUUUCAUUGGCUACUAUGAAAGAACCUUAGCGCGCAGGCGGUAAGCCAGUUAUAAGAGUUGGAUCUACUUCAACCAAGCACAUUUCUAUUCACGCUGUGCUCACGACCGAUCCCACUACGUUCGCUACAGAAACCGGCAAAUAACAAUAGAAAUAAAUUGUCCAAAUUCCAAACUAUCGAAGAGAUUUCGAUAAAUAGUGGAAGAAUGGCUGCCGAAGUAGCGCAUUUACCUCACAUCGAAGUGUUCCAUCGUGUGAUGGAACUCCCAAUGGUCGAGAGCGCGAUAUCCAAAUCAACGGCGACGUAUUUCCGUGUGAAAGACUGCAAUCAACUGAUACACUGGGCGCUGACCACUGCAGAGACUUCUUUAAGCAACGCAACGAGGCAGGCAGUACCUAUUGCUGCACCCAUUGCUAAGAAAUUCGAGAACCCUAUACACUUUGUCGACCACACGCUGUGCCGUGGUCUCGACAAAAUCGAAGAAAAAGUACCGAUGGUUAAAGAGAAACCCGAGCAGAUUUUGGAAAACGCCUACACGCUGGCACGGCAAACUGUUCAACCGGCUGUAACGAGCAUUUCACUUGCUAACGAAUUAAUUAUCUCGCAGGCCUUAAGCUUGAGAGACCUAAGCUGGAACAAGGCGAAUCAGAUUUUAGAAACGCAAUAUGGUAGCGCAGCUGUCAGAGGUUUGGACAGCACAGCUGACGUUGUUGAUAAACUGAUCGAUAGAUACUUUCCCGCGAUAGGUGACGAGCAGUCAGUAGAAAUAAACACGAACGAAGGAGAUAAGCUGCUCCACACCUUACAAACAGUCGGGCGUUUAUCUAAUAAAGCUGCUCGUCGCUUGUAUUCAAACAUAAUUCUUCACUUGGGCACCGUCAGCGCCGACAAUUUAAAAUCUUACAUCAGAUCUUUGGUCCAGUUUCUUCAAUUGACGAACCGUCACGCCGUAAACAACGAGGUGCAAGAUCACGCGGCCAAUUCGAAAGCCACAUCGAACGCAGAGGACGCGAAGAAAUUAAAUUGAUUAUCGAUUGUUGGUGACUGAAAAAUUUCCACCGAUUCCACUGUUGUCCUAUUUAUUUCCAGCGUGCAUUUUUGUAAUACAUUUACUUUUCUUAAACGUCACUUUUUUUAAAUGUAUAAAUAUUACGCACUAUAUAUAAAAGAUUGAGGUUUAUAGAGGUUUAUAGCGGCGGAAAAUAUAAUACAAAUCCCUUUUUUUUUUUUCUUUCAAGAACAUUUCAUUGUUAGAGUUCUCUACGUAUCAUAUCAUUAAGAAUAUUGUUAUUUUUGUAUUACUAUAAAAGAUAGCGUUUUACUGUCUUCUAGAUUACAACAACUAUUAUUGUUAUAUAGAAUAUUUUGUUAAAAAUUUUAUAUCAGCUGUCUAUCAAGAAACGUGUUUUCAUCUUCUCUAAUAAAAUUUUGUUUUGACUAAUAUAUUUUAUAUAUAUUUUUCGCUUCUUGUCUUCGUCUUCUAAUCAAAGAGUAAUCGUAGUUAUAUAAUUUCAAAUUCUUAGAUAAUGCAAAUACGAGUCGUGAAAUAAUCGAAAUCUUUUCUAAUUUAUAUUUAAUUAUUCCAAAUGUAUUUAUAAUACAUCGUUCAUUGAAAUCGAAAGUAAGAACGAAAACAGAAACGAAUUUAAAAUAAACUCGAGUAACCUCUUUGAAGUUGACGUGUCUCUCAGACAGAACUAAUUGUAAGUCUGACUAAUUAGCUAGAAUCUAAGUUGAACGAAUCACGUUUCGCCGAAAUGAUUGCAAAUCAAUGGAUUCGACGUAUUCUACUACCACGAUUCCACGAUAUGACCUCCACGUCAUGGAUGAUGGCACAUAUGUUGUACAUGGACAUGUGGUACAGCUGCGCAGAAGCACGACCAUGUUCACGGAAGUAGACACGCGUCGAAGUUCCCUUCAAUUUACUCCGUUUCUACUCCACAGAAAUAUAUCGACGUAACGUUUCGGAAGCGGAAUAAAAGUGAGCAUAUGUGACUGCAUACGGUCCUGAAGAAUGUUCCCCCACUUGUGAUCAUUUUCAAUCGGAGGCUCUUUGACUCUUAUGUAUCGUCAGUGCUGCCGGAUUUGUCGAGUAUACCAUCGGCUGUUCUGUUCGUUUCUGUUACUACAUUUUGCUCGCUGUUGCAUCAAAGAUUACACAAUAUCA